AUGACCGAGAAGGCGGCCCCGGGAAGGGCGCACGGCAAAGGCGAGAGUCGCUUGAAGCGGCCCGGCGUUUUGAUUUCUGCCCUCACCUGGAAGCGCCUGGUGGCUGCCUCUGCGAAGAAGAAGAAGAAUGCUAAGAAGGUGACGCCCAAGCCGGGCUCCGGAGGCGCAUCUGAUCCCCUGGUGCAGCAGCGCAACCGCGAGAACGUGCGCAAGUCCCAGCCGGACGGGACCAAACAGGGUCCAUUGGCUGUUCCAGUGCCUACUGUGCCCGUCUCUGUCCAAGACAGCGGAAAACCGCCGCCGCCCCCGCCGCUGCCCAGCAACCGCUCGGCCGCUGGCUCCCCGCGGAGGGUGAUCGUGCAGGCUUCCACGGGCGAGCUCCUCCGCUGCCUAGGGGACUUCGUGUGCCGCCGAUGCUACAGGCUCAAGGACCUGAGUCCCGGCGAGCUCAUCGGUUGGUUCCGCAGUGUGGAUCGCUCGCUCCUGCUCCAGGGCUGGCAGGACCAAGGCUUCAUCACCCCCGCCAACCUUGUCUUUGUGUACCUGCUGUGUCGCGAGGCGCUGCAAGGCGACCAGAUUGGCAGCCAGGCGGAGCUUCAAGCCUCCUUCCUCACUUGCCUCUACCUGGCCUACUCCUAUAUGGGCAAUGAAAUCUCGUACCCACUCAAGCCCUUUCUGGUUGAGGGUGACAAGGAGCGCUUUUGGGACCGCUGCCUCUCCAUCAUCCAGGGCUUGAGCGCCAAGAUGUUGCAGAUCAACUCUGACCCGCACUUCUUCACACAGGUCUUCCAGGACCUCAAGAAUGAAGGCGAGGGGGGAUCCACAAAGGACUCCUCCAGCACCAACAAACACUGGACUAUAAGCUUGGACCGUUAGGAAAUUCAGGGGGCCCCUCCCCAGCACCCCCCAACCUUCCAGAUGUAUCUCGCCUCUUCACCCCCCUCUCACCCAAAGGCUUGGCUCAACUAGGUUUCUCCUGGAGGAAUAAAACCAGGGGUGAGAAUUGGGGAGCUGCCAGGGGCAUAGCCCUUAGUCAUCCUAUUUUGUACAGGUAGCAUCAUGGAACUGCUUCCCAUUCUCUCCACCCCCCACCCCAAGCCUUUAGUAGGCUUAGGUAUGUGUAUGGGGAGGGAAAAGGCUUGCUACAGCCCACCCUUUCCACACUCCAUUCUGGGGGCCACACCCAAAAUUACAUCAACCCCUUUUCACAACUGCAGCAACUAGAUGAUUUGAGAAUAGUAAGAU